AUGGAGAGGCCUUAUUUACUGAGGCACACUAGAUCUUUUCGCAAUCUUACGGCACGUGUUGCCGGUCAGGGCGCUUUCUAUCGUACGGGGACUAAUGCCCCAGCGGUUUCUGUUCUGGGAGUGGACGGCGUGGCUACUGACGUCUCGUACUCGUCACAGAAAGUCGUGGAAAAUAAGCCAGCCGGAGAAGAGGACCCAGUUAUGGAAGAGACUGGAGCUUUGGCAGAGUCUGCAUUUGUGCAAGAGGCCGUUGUUGUUGAACAGACUGUGCUUGGGGAAGAGACUCUAGUCGCGGAAGAGCGACAAGGGGUAAAAAGGAGAUCAAGGUUGAAGAACUUCUUACGGAAGACUCUCAACGCGGCCUAUAUGGCAAUGCGACUAUACGAUUUCAGUGUUUUAAAGCGUACGGCAACCACUUCACGAGUGGAGGAACACGACCAUGAUUCGGACCAUUCAACGCAUACAUCAUCUACUUUCCAAAAGGAUACAGAGGACUGUGAUUCGGCUCAUUCAAUGCAUACGGCGGCCACUUCUCCAGUGGAGGACGCUCAGGAAAUCAGUUCGGCAUUCCCUCUCCUCGAAUUGCCAACGGAAAUUGUGCUGCGAGUAAUGCUACAUCUACCGGCACCCUCUUUGUAUUGUCUUCGCCAGACUUCUCCCAGACUCAUGACGCUCUUUGAUACACAUCAUUUCAGAUUGUUUCAUCGAGAACCUGAAUCAUCGGGCAAUCACAAGCGGUUUGAUGUAUCUCAGCUCAACCCCGCGCAGGGGAACGACGUCGCCGAUUCUUUACAUCACGACAUGUAUUGCGCCGCCUGCCUUUCGGCCGAAGAGUGCGGGACUGUAGGUAAAAGUCUGGAGAGGCUGCGCAGCUUACAAUAUUGCUACGAGUGCGGUGCACUACACGCAAGGGCACUCUUCCCCGAGGACAAUGCAGCAUAUGGACUCGCCUCCAAUGAGCAAAUCUGUAUUGGAUGGCUCGAACGUCUUACGGUGUGCGAUCACCGUUUAGCUACGUCACUAUCAUGGCGAGAUAUCGUACAUUUCCCCGACGUGGCCCCCGGCAAGGCGUGUGAGAUUGCAUGCACCCACCGGUCACACCAGCCUAAACCGAAGUCCGGUCGAUUAUGGAAAUCUGGAUCCGCAUUCCCACGGUUCUUUGCGCAGGACCAACCUGAUGAUUGGGUUACUCAUAUAGGGUAUGGAUGGGAUCUACCUUUGCUCGACCUUCAGCAUCGAUCUGAUCAUACUCUACGCGCCAUUCAAGAAAGGCUUUCCAAGUUGGUUGUAGAUGCAUUGCACCAUCACAACCACAGAAUAUGCCCUCACAUUUCUGUCGAUAAAGAGAUUCUCAAUUUUGUUCAGUCUGGCAUCUGCAAUUGCUUCGCAAAACAUGACACUCGCUACGUUCGCCUGAAAGCCCCGUGGCCCAAAGCAUGUGAGUGUGGACGACAGGUGACGCUCGAAUGUCGAAUCUGUGGUGCGGUAUACAUGUGGCAUCUUGCCAUGGGACAGGUAAUUCUCUCGCUUCGUUACUUGUGGUAUAUCCAGAAGCCCACUAGCUUUGGAUGGCUGGGCCUGCUAGGGUUUCAAAUGAAAUUUUCCUCUCAGGAAAAUCAGCAUGUCCUCUGGUGUGAUACCCCGAACUGUCGGACAAAUAAGAGGCGGCGGUGGGAAGCACUUGUGAAGGAAGAUACUGUGAGGGAAUAUUUUGGGGACAAAAAUCUUGAAUCUAUUAACGAUGAUGAGCAAGACGAUGAUAGCUCAAAUGAUGAUAGCUCAGACGAUGAUAGCUCGGACGAGGAUAGCUCGGGCGCUGGUAGCUCGGACGAUGAGGGCUCAGACGAUGAGGGCUCAGACUAUGAGGAGCAAGACAAUCAUUUUACGGACUUUAAUGGCGGUUUCGAUUACGAGGAGAUGGAAAGAGCAUCCGAGAAAGGUUCUUUUCGGAACUGGUAA